CUACCCCUCCUUGUCCUCAUCUUCAUCGCCGCAGUCCACAUCUAUGAAAAUCACCCUCUCAAAACAAGAGUCAUAGCUGAAAUAUAUCUGUAUAAACUUGACCUCUUGGCACAUCCAAAAUCAGGGUACAGCUGCCUCAUGUCGGCCACAGAGGUCGCUGGUCUGUCAACGACCUUCAAUUGCGGGCGUGAGGACCCGCCAGACCUCCGUCUUCUCCAUUAUAACGAUGUCUACCACGUCGAGACUGGCUCCGCAGAUCCCGUCGGGGGAACACCACGCUUUCAGACCCUCGUCAACUAUUACAGAGACCAUUCCAGGUUCGCAGGCCUGCCCGACCUUCUGACAUUCUUCUCUGGCGAUGCAUUUAAUCCUAGCCUCGAGAGCACCGUCACAAAGGGCCGUCAUAUGGUGCCUUUCCUGAACCGUGCAGGGACGGACGUUGCAUGUGUUGGCAACCAUGAUCUUGACUUUGGUAUCGCGCAGUUUCGGCACUUGAGAAGCCAAUGCAAGUUCCCGUGGCUUCUAGCAAACGUGGUGGAUCCGGCGCUGGGAGAAGGAGUGCCACUCGCGAAUUGUGAGAGAACUCGCAUGUUAGUGUCUUCAAAUGGGAUAAAGAUUGGAGUUAUCGGAUUGGGCGAGCGGGAAUGGCUCGCAACGAUUAAUUUCCUUCCGCCUAAUCUGAUCUACAAAUCGGCGUCUGAAACGGCCAAGGAACUUGUCCCUGCUCUUCGCGAACAGGGCGCCGAACUUGUCAUUGCUAUCACUCACCAGCGAGAGCCGAAUGAUAAUAAGCUUGCAAACAAUAUCCCCCCGGGGUUAAUAGAUAUAAUCCUCGGCGGUCAUGACCAUUACUAUAUGCAUAAUAUCGUCAAUGGCGUGCACGUCUUACGCUCGGGGACGGAUUUCAAGCAACUCAGCUAUAUCGAGGCCUGGCGCAAACAGGAUGGGCCUGGUUGGGAAUUCUCAAUUACCCGGCGGGACGUCGUUCGCUCAAUUCCCGAAGACCCUUCAACGGUGCACUUGGUGGAGAAACUCACAUCCUCUCUGAAGGGGAAGUUGCAAAAGCCAAUCGGAUAUACCGCUACCCCGCUCGAUGGCCGCUUUUGCACUGUACGAGCGCGUGAAUCAAAUCUUGGCAAUUUUGUUUGUGAUCUGAUGCGGUUCUACCAUGGAGCUGACUGUGCAAUCAUGGCUGCUGGAACAAUUCGUGGUGACCAAGUCUAUCCUCCUGGGGUACUCCGCGUUAAAGACAUUCUGAACUGUUUUCCAUUUGAGGACCCGGUGGUUGUGCUGAAAAUAACCGGACUGGCUCUCCGAGGAGCGCUAGAAAACGGUGUCAGCCAGCUUCCGGCUUUGGAAGGCCGGUUUUCCCAAGUCUCGAACAUUCAGUUUGCAUUCUCGACAUCAAGACCACGUGGUUCUCGUAUACUUUGGGCGAAAAUCGGCGAUGCUGCGCUUGAGGAUGACAAGAUGUACACAGUGGCCACUAGGGGGUACAUGGCAAGAGGGAAAGAUGGGUUCUCAUCUUUACUUGUUCAAAGCGAAGGCGGCGAUGCAGAGGAAGUGGUCUCCGAAGAAGAUGGAUUAUUGAUUAGUACCAUCCUCCGACAGUAUUUCCUUAGUUUGAAGGUCCUCGGAAAGUGGCAUCGCUUUAGCCGAAGUCUCCAUCGACACUGGGAAAAUGUACACCAGCAACUACAUUGUGAAGGCUGGAUUAGAUCCCCUACAACCACGGCGUCGGCUAAAGCAAAAGUGAAAUCGCCCAUCACAGGGAGAAGCCCCUCGCCCACUCCCAGUUUCCACUAUGUCGCUCGCAGACGGCUCAAGGCUGCCACUGCGGGGGCUCGUACCUCCUCAUCCGGUCAAGAAGACGACAGCGAUGCAAGCCUUAUGGACACGGAAUCUGACUCGGAGGCCGACAUUCUCUCGCGCCCGCGCACCUACGUGACGAAGCUGGCUACGUCGCCAGAUGAUGCCGACCACCGGGAGUAUCUGGCACGACAGGUCCUGCGUCGAUGGCGUCAGAAAGUUGGAUUGGAAGAUGCAAAAGUGAAAACUGUGGAAGAGGCACAAAACGAUACACUUCCGCCGUGGACUCGGGUGAUUGCACCAAAGCUUGAAGGUAGAAUAAUUGAAGUGACUCAGCCCAACGGCACCGAGGAAUAGAAAUAGAGGCUCGUAGUCUAUAACUUUAGCAUACGUAUACCAAAAUUUAGAUCCCGUCCUUCAGUCGUACAGUACUUAAGGGCGUAAAGACGGGCCAUUAACAUAUACUUCAGCGGUCGCUUUGUGAUUCACCAUGGAAUUAUUUGCUUGGAUAUGUGUUUUUUUAUAAUCUUCAUUGAUGACAUUUAAUC